AUGUCUGAAGAUGACGAAGAAGGAUUUUUUGGAGGUUUAUACGAAGAUGGGCACUGGGUAUGGGAUGAAGUUACUGCAGCUUUGAUUUUUGUGAGUGAUCGCCCUCCCGUGCCAGUACAAACUAAGAAAGCAACUACUAAGGUUGCCACUGGAGUUAUUGUAUUCAGAGAUGACUUAGAUUUAAUUGAACAGUUUCGCUAUCGACGCCGGUAUCAAAGGAAAUUGGAACCUGGACAGCUUGACGUCAUUACAUUGCAGGACGUAAUAGAUCUAGCAAUUUAUACUGCUCCUGUGCAAAUUUUAAGUCCAAUACUGAUAAAUAUGUUGCAUUUGCCAACUAUGGAGAGAUUUCUAAGAGCAUUAAUUCUUUGCAGCGCAUAUUACUUACAGGUUAGUGAUGAAAUGACAUUUCGUACGUUGGAUCUGGAAGCUAAAGUGAGGACUCCAUAUUCUGAGAUAGUGGAAUAUGAGUUUCAAGAAAAUUUGUCUGACCUGCGGAUCUUAGUGGGCAAGGAAUACUGUGUCAUGCUUAUUGGUGGUGCUGAUACAAAGAACUAUCAUCAUAUGGGACCAGCGAAAAAAAGGAAAUCUUUAUCAGAUAAAGAUGCUCGUUUAUUCGAAACAUUACUUCGUAUGUGUGUCCAAAUUGUUUGGUUGGCAUUAGGACGAAAGAGUUUUCAUCUUGUUGAACUGGAGAUUAAUCGCCUAUUUAAAACCCAAAUAUUUAAUUCAGUGGAACACACAAUGAAAACAGGAUACAUAACAAAAAUGACCCCAGAAGAACGUGCUGUACUCUUAGGAUGUUGUGUAAAAAAUUAUAAAAAGCUUAACAGUCGUUCACCGCUGAGCAAUGAAGUAUUCUGUUUUAGAGAAAUCGAUUACCGUAUGAUGGGGCUUGGAGUUGUCCAACCCCACGAAAAAACGAGAAGGCAACAAUACUUAUGGCAUUUAAUAGCUGGUAAAGAAGAAAACCUGGCCAAAAUCGAUGCGACAUUGGAUGUAAAAUCUAAAGCAACUGUAUCAAGUCGAGGCAAUACAAUUGAUACCACUAAAUCUACAAUAACAAAGACUGAAUUAUAUCCCCCAAUUAUAAUACCUACAAAAUCUUCAAGAGAUACGGGUAUCCCUUUGUAUUUUCCUGACGAGACGGAACCUCCACGUCGCAUCAAUAACGUUCAGCGACUUCGCUGGCAGAACAGACUUAUGAAGCUUUUGGAGUCAAGUAAAACAUCAGUACGUAAAGAAGUAUUUUAA